AGUUUCUUGUGUGUUUCUCCCUGUCAAUAAUCCCGAAUCCAGACUCUCUCUAUUUCCAUCCCUCUCUAUCUGUCAAUCAGCGCCGCCUUUGAACUGAAAACCACUCCGACCAACUUCAACUCACUCAAUCCGAGCGCCUCGGCUCCAUCUCCGGCUUCUUUUUCUGCCAAGAUCCCCCCUCUUUUUUAGUUUUCUACUAACCGCCAGUGCUCGGGGAAACGCCAGGGCAGACCCCUAAAAACUCCAGAAAAAAAUCCUCGGGACUCGGGAUCGCAAAGAUCAAGGCUUUAAAAACUUUGCGUUUUUCGCCCCCCAAAAUUGCUCGGGAAAAUGCCGCAGCUGAACGGCGGUGGAGGGGACGAUCUGGGCGCGAACGAUGAAAUGAUCUCGUUCAAAGACGAAGGAGAGCAGGAAGAAAAGAUUUCGGAGAACUCUUCAGCAGAAAGGGAUUUAGCAGAUGUCAAGUCUUCUCUCGUGAACGAGUCAGAGACGAACCAAAACAGCUCUUCGGACUCGGAGGCGGAAAGACGGCCUCCGCCUAGGUCGGAAACUUUCAGAGACAAAACACGAGAAAGUUUAGAGGAGGCUGCGAAAAGGCAAGAUGGAGGGCUGUUCAAGAGCCCCCCGUACCCGGGCUAUCCAUUUAUAAUGAUCCCCGAUCUAACAAGCCCCUACCUCCCCAACGGAUCGCUCUCUCCGACGGCACGCACAUAUCUACAGAUGAAAUGGCCACUGCUAGAUGUUCAAGCAGGAAGUCUUCAAAGUAGACAAGCACUUAAAGAUGCCAGGUCCCCUUCUCCGGCACACAUCGUUGGGCCCUUCUGCUUGGAAUUCCCCGGACAGGCUGAUCUGAGCCUUCACCAAUUUCAGUUGUCUAAUAAGGUCCCCGUGGUACAGCACCCUCACCAUGUGCACCCACUUACGCCUCUGAUCACCUACAGCAAUGAACACUUUACGCCUGGGAACCCUCCUCCACACCUACAGACAGACGUGGACCCCAAAACAGGAAUCCCAAGGCCUCCACAUCCUCCAGAUAUAUCUCCCUACUACCCUCUGUCGCCUGGCACUGUCGGCCAGAUCCCCCAUCCACUAGGAUGGUUAGUACCACAGCAAGGUCAACCAGUUUACCCAAUCACAACGGGAGGUUUUAGACAUCCCUACCCGACUGCCCUCACUGUCAACGCAUCCAUGUCAAGUCUUCUCUCCUCCAGAUUCCCUCCCCACAUGGUGCCCCCCCACCACAGUUUGCACACCACGGGGAUCCCUCACCCUGCCAUCGUCACACCCAACGUCAAGCAGGAAUCCUCUCACAGUGACAUCAGCACGCUCAACAGCUCGAAACAUCAGGACCCCAAAAAGGAGGAUGAAAAGAAAAAGCCGCACAUAAAGAAGCCUCUGAACGCAUUCAUGCUGUACAUGAAGGAGAUGAGGGCCAAAGUGGUGGCAGAAUGCACGCUGAAAGAGAGUGCAGCUAUCAAUCAAAUCCUGGGCCGAAGGUGGCACGCGUUGUCUCGAGAGGAGCAGGCCAAAUACUACGAGCUGGCCAGGAAAGAACGACAGCUACACAUGCAGCUCUACCCUGGCUGGUCAGCACGUGACAACUAUGCGGCUAACCAACAGGGGAAAAAGAAGAAGAGAAAAAGGGAAAAGCAGCAAGCAGAGGGCAAUGAACACAGAGAAUAUUUUCCAAAUCCUUGCCUUUCACUCCCUCCGAUUACAGACCUGAGUGCCCCUAAGAAGUGUCGUGCACGCUUUGGGCUCGAUCAGCAGAAUAACUGGUGUGGCCCGUGCAGGAGAAAAAAGAAGUGCAUUCGCUACAUUCAAGGUGAAGGCAGCUGUGCCAGUCCUCCUUCUUCGGAUGGAAGCUUACUAGAGUCCCCCCCAUCCUCCCCUUCCAUGGUCACCACCUCCCCGCCCUCGAAAGAGUCCAAACCACAGACUGAACAAAUGCAACCUCUAUCACUGACUAUGAAACCGGCCCCCCUGGUCUCGUCCUCGCACCACCCACACCAACACCUCACCAUGCCUCCGCCCUUAGCUCUGCUGGACAACUCAGGGGCAGGCAAAACGCCCGGCUCCGCCCACAACGGCUCCUUGGACCCUUCAGACGUGUCGUCGUCGUCGUCGUCCUCCCGCCCUUCAGGCUCCGCCUCCUCUCGGCCUGCAUCAGCGUGUCAUUCCCAUUCUCUGCUGCCCAGCUCUGCCCCGACGCAACCACUUUCGCUCGUAACCAAGUCAAUAGACUAGGCUAGACUAGCUUUGCUUUACCGGCUUUUGACUCCUCUUGUCUGUCUGCUGCCUCUUAUGUUUUUUUAUGUUCUCUUCUUCCUCUUUCCGUUUCUGUUUCUUUUUUUUCUGUGCCAUAUGGCUUUGGAAAUUAGUUAAUUCUUUUAUCAAAGUUCAUUGGUCAAUAUUUGACCUGUCAUUAUCUAAAAUAAAAGAAAUUAUUAUAAUUAUAAUAUUGAUAAUAAAGUACAAUGAGUUGUAGAGUAUGGCUUUGUGAAUCUGCCAAAAUUUUUAAGACUUUUUUUUUUGUUUUGUUUUGUUUUUUUUCUUAACUGUGUUCAACUGUACAACAGAAAAAUCCAUAAUUGUUAUGUAGUUUGACACAGACCUGUUCAAAGACAGAUAUAAAAGUAGGUUAAGUGAGGAUUCAGCGAGCCCUUUUCUUAAGAAUUGGUUCUACUUCAUUAUUUGUAUUAAAUACGAGCUUGCGAACCAAUCAUUUUACACCUGUUCAAAACACGGAGGGCAUGAGGACCGUGGAGACACUUCUACGACUGAGGAACAACUUUAAUUGUGAUGUUACUUGUUCUUGUUUAAAUGUACAGAAAUAUUUGGGGGGGGGUUACUGUGUUAAUAUGCAUUGUUCCAUUGCGUUGUCUAUUUUAUUUUUAAUUUUUGUCGUUGUUUACCUUGGGAGUGGGCUUGAGUUGGGUUGGGUUGACUAGACUCACUUUGGAGGAACUGUUUUGAGAUGGGGUGGGGUUUAGGGAUUGGGGUAUUCAAUACAAAAUGUCACAACGCUAGGACCAGUAGUAUUUAUUGCUUUAGAGAUUGCUUGUCGUAUCCUGUAUGUUGUCCCUUUUCGGAAUAUUUUCUUUUUCUUAAUACAUUGUACAAAUAUUCUUUUUUUAAUGUAAGCAACUUAUAUAAAUAUAUAUAUAAAUGAUCCAUUUUUACAAGGAGGUUUUGAAGUUAAAUUGUUUUAUUGUUUUAACAUACGUUUGUUUUGCUGAAGACCAGGAUUCCACCAAAACAGUGUAGAUUCUCCAAAACAGAUGUAUGCACAACUUAAUUUCUAGAAGCAUAUCUAUAAGCCAUUUUACAAUAGAAGAAAAGAAAACUUGAAAUGGGGACAGUGGGUACCAUGUCUUUAGUAGUUGGAUCUCGUCUAAAGCCCGUCUUUUUUAUUGCACAGUCUCAUCUCCACCGGACUGUAGAAUUGUGUACAGAUUUUUUCCGUGCCAAAAUUUGUGAUAAUUUUCACUCCCCCUCUUAUUACGCUGUAGGCUUUCGUUGUCAAUUGUUUGUUUUUUCUUUUUCAACCAUACUUUGCUGUGACGUUACAUAGAUUGCUAUGUAUGUAGUAUAAAUGUUGCUAUAACAAAUGUGUUUGGUAGCAGAUUGUCAAAUAUUAAAAUUUAAACUUAAUAAAAAGACGGACGUCAUACUGUAUAAACCCUCAAGGGCCAAAUUAUGUAUAUUAGGAGGUUCAUAAAAAAACUAUUAAAUAACAAAAAAAUACACAAACUGCCACUUUUAAGUACACUACUACAUAUAGGUAGAUAGAAAAAAUAGGCAUGUUGAUGUUGCAAGAAGCUGUAAAAAAGCUACAAGAGAAUCAUCCAUUCGGUGCCAUUGUAGUUGACAUGACGCGACUGUAAGCCGUCGAUUUCUUCUCUGGUUUAUUAAGAUGCUAAUGAUGAAUAGUUUGAAUGUUUCCUUAACGGCUGUGAUGUUCCUGUUCUGUUUUACGCUCUUAGCUUUUAUUUUUGUUUGCUUUGUUUUGAUUUUUUUUGUUUGUUUGUUUUUUUUGUUUUCUUUUCUUUUGUUUUCCAUUAUUUGAAAUGGUUCCCAAACCAUGUUUUUGUAAUGAAUAAAUGUUUAUGCUGUACAGUCUCUGUAGCAUGCAGUUCUGUAUUAAUAAAAGCGACUUAGUAUGUGCA